AGGACUAGAUUUGCAGAGGUGUGGAGCGCGUGGAUGCCACAGUGAUCCACUAGACUGACGUCUCUCCGGUAGCGCAGACGAAGACCGCAGCAGCCCGGUUAUUUUACAGACUUCAGUGCAGCCAAGCAGUCGACAGUCUCUCCUGCAGAGAGACACACACAGAGCGGAAUUUUAAAAAAAGAACUUCGUCAACGACAGGCUGUAGUUUUGCAGCAUGAUCCACCUUCCGCAAUCUCCGUUUCAACGCACGAGCCCAGCAACUGUUUGAUUUUGCUGGUGUGUUGGCUCUUUUUGGGAAAGAUUCGUCUUUUUUCCUCCUUCGGCUGAUGUAAAAGAAGCAACCCCUUUAUAUUGGAAUGAUGUGGACCUCUCAUGAUACUGUUGGAUUUGUUUUCUUAGCCGGAUUUUGCGUGCAAUUUGGAUUCUCCUUUGAAGGUCGCUUCACGGAUCUGCCCUCCAACAUGACGGUUAAAGAGGGACAAAACAUAGAGAUGGCGUGCGCGUUCCAGAGCGGAACCGCGUCAGUCUAUUUGGAGAUCCAGUGGUGGUUCGUGAAAGCACCGGAACCCACUGACAGCGAGGAGGACGUGGAUGCUGAGGAGAUGGAGAUGAUACAAGAGCCAGAUCCUGAUGAUGAGGGAACCAAAAUAAGUACAGUGAAAGUCCAGGGCAACGACAUCUCACACAAGCUGCAGAUGUCCAGAGUCAGCAAGAAUGAUGAAGGACUGUACGAGUGCAGGGUGACACGCGCCAACUACGGAGAGAUUGUGGAAUACAAAGCCCAAGCCUGGCUGAAGGUCAACGCCACGGCCCGGCCAAGACGACCACUGGCGCCUCCCAAGAAGAGCUCCCCGCUGCACCUGACGGACAAGAAGCCCAGAAAGUCCAGCUCAUCCAUGGGCCAGGACAACAUGAGUUCAGACCAGAGGGUGGACUCAACUUCAACCUCUCACACAUCCUCCAACACAAAUAAACACAACGCUGGCUCAGGUACAAGAAUAUCAUCCAGCUAUGGACUGGCUGUCCUCCUCCUGGCAUGUGGUUUGGUGAGGGAUGCCUUGUUAUAAUUUGAAGAACUGACAUGGUUUGCGCCCAGAUCUCGCUUCUCCCCAUUCGCUCUCAAAGCGAAAAAGAAAUUGCCUGUUUUAUUUUUCUCUCCCUCUCUUUCCCACCAUGCGGACAGCACAGUUGGCCCCUCAUUUCCCAGCCACCACUGCUCUUGCACCCAGCACAUUGUUAUUAGCCACUGUAAACACCAGUCACCUUUAAACCAGUCGGAUUACCUUUUGUACAGACGUCGACUCAACACCAUCUGAGGUGCGAGGCUCCGCUGUGAAAACGGACUGUAUCUUUGUUGGAUAUCGCUCAUGGAGAAAUGACUUUCUUAUGGUUUCGCUGUUUCUGUUCAUGUGUACAUUGCUCAAAAGUGAACAAGAAAAAAGGAGAAUCUACAUUUGUGUAAUAUAUAUAAUUCUAGAUAUAUGUUUUAUUUGAAACACUGAGAAUUAUCGUAUGUGCUGUAUACAUAGCUCACCAUAUUGGCCAUUGGGUUUCAUUGUGAAUAGGCCCUCUCAAAGAAACAAAAGAUAUUUAAGUACACAUUAAUUUAGACUGUUAAAAAUUAACCAUCAGGUUAAAAAAGGUUGAAUUCAUCAUUUUCCUUCUGCUGUAUUAACGAUUCAAAUUAUCUGAUGUGCAUAAUUUAACAUCUUGUUAGUGAUAAAGGUGUGCAUGCUUAUUGGUCUGAAGGCUAAAAAGAGGAGAGCAUCUGUUUUUUGAGCUACAUGACUCAGCACUUGGCGUUCAGUGUUACAGUUUGUUGAAUUCAGCUUUGUUUUGAUGUGCUAGCCUCGGUGUGAAAAAAAAAAUACUGUCCCUUGUCAUUUUUAGUUUGUAUUGCAUCCUCUGUAGGAAUAAAAAGGAUGUUACAAUU